AUGGCUCGCACCCGCAAGGCGUACCGCGACGCUCCACUCGCGCGAGACGAUGACGACGAGUCGGCCGACUCGAGCUCGAGCUUCGACGACGGCGACGAGGAGAGGGCGGUUGGCGGGCGCGGGUUGGCGAGCAGGCGGGCGACGCAGCCGAGGAGCGAGAAGGGCACGAAGCGCUGGACGAUGCGGUCCCAAGGCAAAGGGUACAAGUCGACCGAGGUCCACACCGACACCGAGUCGCCUCCUCCCUCGGACGACGAUCCCGACGGCAAAGCUUACGCCGACGGCGGCCGCGGCGCGCAAGAUCCGGCCGGGUCGGACCUGUCGAACAACUCGGGCGACGACCGGCGCAGGAAGAAGAAGCAGCGUGGUGGGGCGGCGAGUGCGGCGGCGCAGGCCGAGCAGGAGGCGCAGGACGCACAACGGCGCAAGACCAAGAGGCUUUACUGGGUCGCAGGCGCCGUCGCCAUCGUCGUCGUCCUUCUCGUCGCCGGCCUCAUCUACUGGUGGUCGCACCGCGACUCGAGCGACAGCGACAGCUCGUCUUCGUCGUCGUCGUCCUCGUCGAGCAGCGCAACCUCGUCCGCCGCCUCGUCGCCGACGCGCGCACUCGCCGGCACUAGCGCCGCCGCGACAACUUCUGCAUCAUCCGCCGUCGAGCCGGUUGUUAGCUCGCCAACGCCGACCUCGGCCGCCACGGCCGCGAGCCUGUCGCACGCCGCCACCUCGGCCAAGCCGAGCUUGACGUCGAGCCCGAGCAGUACGGCGAGCGCGCUCGAACCGGGAACGACCUACGCGGCGCAGAUUCAGUGGUUCUACGCGACCGAAGCCGUGACCGAGUGCGGCACCGAGCCGACCGACGGCGACUACGUCGUCAAGGUCAGCCCCGAAAUCUACGGUUCGACGAGCGGCACAACGUCCGUGUGCGGCACCUGGAUCACGCUGUACCAGCUCGAGAAGGACGCCUACACGCGUGCAACGAUCGAAGGCGUCUGCCCCGAGUGCACGGGCCACAACCUGAUCCUGAGCCAGGCGACGUUCAACGCGCUCACGCAGGACAUGAAGCUCGGCACGACGCUCGCCCAGUUCUGGCUCACCGACGACGCGCACAAGCCCAAGGCGUCGCUGUCGUCGGCUGCUGCGGGUGCGGGCGCGACGGGACGAGCGAGCGCGAGUGCGGGCGGCGGCGUGGGCGUCGAGGACGCCGAGGGAGGGCGGUUCACGACCCUGCCGGUCGAGACGGACCGAGCGGUCGCCGCCAACGGCGCGGCGUCGAUGGGCGUCUGA